AUGUGCCAAUUUUCACGCGGGAUAUUUUUUGCCGCGUUUUUUGCAAUCAUCAUUAAUGGGAAAGAAACAAUAAAAACUUCAAAAGCGGAAUGUUCAAUUGGAAACAACACAGAAUGCAGUGUAAUUUCAAAUAAAACCCUAGCAGAUCAAGAAUCAAAGAACACAUCAGUUAUUUGGAAUAUUGGAAUUACCGACACAGUAUUUUCAUACGCCUUAGAGGUAUGUCAUUUGAGAAAAGAUCGUUAGAAAACCAAUUAUUCAUCACUACCACACCAAAAUUAGUUUGUGGAUGGACGAAAACUAAAUUGUUUUGGAAGACAAAAAUGAGAAAGGUUCAAAGUUUUUUUGCAGACAGCGGAAAAUGGAAAAGAUCUUCUUGUUGGAGGAAUUGUCUCAUGUAGAUUGCUCAUGGGAAGUUAUUCAAGAAAUCGAACAAAUAAAUUAGAUGGAGUUCGAGUAACAUUGAUUGAUGGCAAAAAUGGAAAAAUCAUGCGCAUUUUUGACACAAAAUUUGACAAUGAUUUGUUCGGAAUUGAGGCGGUUAGUAAAAAUGUUUCAAAUGUGAGAAAUCAAAAUUUUGAUUUGUUUGUUUUCAGAACCCGGAAUUCACACUGGAUUUUGAUGAACUUUUGCAAUUCAACAGUUCAUAUCGCGUGAAAAUUGAUUUGUUACCUCUUGGAAACCCUGCAUCUAGCGUCAAAUGGAACAAUCGACAAAAUCUAAAGAUUGAACCGCGUGUUAUUCAUCCACAGUGUAGAAAAAUGACAAGUAAGAAGUUUCAUAUUUUAUCAAACUAUUUUUUUUAUUUUCCAGAUUUUGCUGAUAAAUGGAGACCACAAUUAUCAAUUGAUAUUUAUGAAGCUUCAUCAAAAUUAGGAAUUUCUUGGAAAGUUGCUCCGAAUUCACUAUGCAUAAGUUCAUAUAAAUUGACUGUUCAAAACAAAAAUCGAUCAUAUUCGUAUGAAAAAACUCGAAUUCGAAAUAAUAAUUCAAUGUUUAUUAUUGAUGAACUUCAAAAUGUUCCAAGAGAUCAAAAAUUGACAGUGACUGUAAAUGCACAAGAACUCACUGAUGGUGUAUGUAUUUGUAAAAACUGUCAAUGCACAAUUCGAAAAACACGAAGAAUUGUGAUUCCUGCUUAUAUCAAUAAUACACAAUCAACACUAACUGUUCCUCCAAGAGAUGCUCUUGAUAUUUUGAGAUCUCCGGAAGAAAGAGGUCUUCUCGUACCUUCGAUAUUUGCCGGUAUUGGAUUAAUUGUAUUUCUCAUCUCACUGUGUUGUUGUUUGGCUGCCAAGAAAAGAUCAACAAAUUCCACACAACAACAAACAUUUUUACGAAGUAUUAACAGUGCAAUUUUUCCAAAAACAGCGCAUUCAAGUAAGUUAUUUUUCUAAAAUUUUGAUGCCAAUCAUUUCAAUAAUAUUCUAUUUCAGAAUCUUAUCGAAUCCUCAUUGUUUGCCCAAAUAUCAAUGGAAUUGAAAAUGAAUAUAUGCAAAGAGUUUGCGAAGCUUUCAAAGAAUCCAAACAUCGAGCAAUUUGUGACAAGUUUGAUGAAUAUUCACAUAUUGCUGAGCAGAACAUGCUUCAAUGGAUAUAUCGAGAAGUUGAUGCGUCACAAAAGGUUUUUUUUUCCAAAUUUCAAAAUCAGAUUGUGAUUUUUGUUUUUAGAUCGUGAUUUUCCAUUCUUCUAUGCCAAAUGGUUCAAUUGGUUUGUAUGAUGUUAUCACAGCAUUUUUACCAUCACAUGAUGCUCGAGUUGUGAAUGUUUUACUAUCUGAAAAUGUGAAAUGUGACUACCCAUGUGAAACAAAAUAUGUUCUACCAAGAGAUGAACGAAUAUUUGAGCAAAGUUUUGAUUUGCAAAUUCCACAACCAUUGGUGCAAUUUUCACCACCUGCAUCAGUUAGAAGUGUUGUGAAUUCUAUUCUGAAAUCAAAAAGUUAUGAAAGUAUUGAUGAUGAACAGAAAACACAUACAAUUGAUUCGGGAGUUUCUUCGAUGUCGAGUAAUAGUUCUGAAACACAAGAAAACUUGUCAGAGGUAAGUAUCUUUUUUAUAAAUCUGAAAACAUCUAUAGAAACCAAAUUUUCUAGACGCUUCUGCAAACUGACAUCGACAUUGAACACAAUCUAAAAGCCGAUCAUCCACUUCUCCACCCUCAACAAGUGAUAGUCGUGUAA